AACAAGGCAUUCCUUCUUCUCUGUCUUUUCGAGGUGGGAGAUGCUCCGUCAGAUGAACGACAGCAGCACUGCGGCGGCCACGCUGCUCAAGGAGGUCUUGGCUGAUAUCAAGUUGGCGGAGCGCAAGGGCGAGCGUCGGCAGGAGCCCGAUGAGGUGGAUCUGCAAGAGGGCGUGCAAUUCUGGCCCUUCGAGGCGCCCUGGUGGCCCGAACCUGGCAUGGUCAGUGAGAGCCGUCCAUGGCAGAAGACGCCAGUGAUGCUUAAGGCACGGCAGGAUCUUUGUGUGUGCCUUUUGACGCAGGAGAAGGUGCGUGACGGCGAUGAGGUGCUCUACCCCUACCCAAGCAUGAUCGUCAGCAACGGUGGGUAACACUUCUGCAAUGUGUGUGUGGCUGGAUCAGCCUGGAUCUCUGUGCCUCUCUGCAGGUGUGAGCGUGGACGCCUUCGAGCGGCCCGUGAGUGUGGGCCGCCAGUCGCCCCUCGAGGGGCUGAGCUGUGUUGUGGCCUGCCCCAUCAAGGCGUCAGACGCUGUGAGCGACCAACAAACACACAUACACAGAGAGAGAAGGGCGCGUGAUGAACGUUGUAGUGAUGUGCCUGCCGUGUGUUGAUGGUGUCUGCAGUCGAGGGGCGUGACGGUGCGCGACUUCGUGACGGCACUCGAGCAGUGUGAGGAUCCCAACAGCGGCGACAGCGAGGAGUGUGAGGACUCGGAGUGGUUCAUUGAGGAGUGGGAGCAGAUCGCCACUCUGCUGCGACCCGACACAGCGAUCCACGGCCGAGGAAAGACCGGGUGAGUGAGAGAGCGGCGGACACGAACGAAUCCCGUCACAGCUAGAAAAUGUUCCGUCGGUGUGUCCUUUAGAUACCUGAUCAACAUGGUGCGGGUGGCUACGGGGCGCUAUCGGGUCAUAUGGGACGAUUUCGACUGCAAUUGACAACCGAGGCAGGUGGGUGAGUGAGGUGGUUGAAAGAAAUACAUACACGGCCGGCAAGUCAAAGGCAGCCUCGUGCGUUGCUUGCUGCAGGCAGCGUCAUGACCGAGCAAUCCAUCCGAUGAGUGACAGCAACACCUUCCUCUGGCCAGCUAAGUGACUGGUCUGACUGUCUGUCUGUCUGUCUGCCUGCGACUCUAUGACAGUCGGCUGGCUGCCUGUGCUGUCCCUCUCUGUCUGUACCUAUCUGUUCUUGUUCGUUCCUGUAUCUGACGGAUGAUUUUGGCUGGCUUGCUCUCGAAGGUCUCGAACGUGUGGUGGUGCGGCAUAUCCAUGUCUGCACUGGCGACACGUGCGGGAUGGCCGAGACGAGCCGGACAAAGGCACCAGCAGAUGGACUUACUCUUCUUUAAUUGUCUUUUUCUUGCUACACAUCCUGCCGGCCUGUUUGUCGCACAUUGUGAGUCGAAUGAUUCGUGUACAGAGAGAGAGAGAGCGCGCUACAGAAAGGGAUACAUGGGUGGGUAAACUUUAGUUCGUGGCCCGUAUGAGACUGCUGUAUGUUGCGUGACCCGAGGGAGAAGGGCUGACUUACGUGUUUGUACAUAGCUGUGUUCAUGCCUACCUGCCAUCACGUCGGGCACCCGCACUCACAUAGUCGGCUGACAGGCUUUUGCGCAGUUGAUUUCUGUCCAUGUCCAUGGUAUGUAUAUCUCCCCUUCCCGCUCGAAAGCACACGCUUGUCUAUCCCAGUCAGGGUACAGACACUCUUGUCUGCCGAUGCAGACGCUGUCUUUGCAAGCAUCAUGAUCAC